CUAUGGUAAAACGGAAGCUAUGUUCACUAUGGUUACCAUUUACACUGUUUACAAAUGACUGCUGGAGGUGUUUGUAAGCCUUUCAUAAGCGCUACUUACUUUUUUGUAUGGUUACGAUUCUUUGUUUUUACUGUAAAACAUCCUGAUUUAAUGCCUGUUGGACAAGUGCAUGGGCAAUUAACCAACUAUGUCAGGAUUUUAUAAUACUUAUACGUUUUUAAAAACGUGCAUGCUUUGUUUUCUUUAUCAAUAAUUACGUUUUGAGUCAUCAGAGCUUCAAAUUCUAAUCCAGCAUUUCUGCAACAACUAAAAUGCACCGGAUAUAACUUGGAAUCUGGUAGACUGAACAGAUAUAAAUAAAGUCUGAGACACUUUCUACAGCGUCAUUGUGUUGCUUAGCAACCGUAUGUGCCUUUUCCCCCGGUGUUGCGAUAGUGAAAAAUGUCUGUAAAGCAAGCGCCAUCGAGUGUUGAUAAAAAUGCUGACAGCCCUUUCCAGGUUAAAGGUCUGUUUCCAUCAAAUGAUGAUUACAUAAAGAAGAUUCGAAAGAGGAUGGAGGAAGAUGCUUUGGCACGAGAACAGAGGGAAAAAAGACGACGUAAGGUUCUAGUACAACAGCUUAAAGCUCAUGAAGCACAAGAGGAGGCAUAUCGGGAGGAACAACUCGUUAACCGCUUAAUGAGACAAUCUCAGCAGGAACGCAGAAUUGCUGUUCAGCUCAUGUAUGCACGCCAUGAAAAAGAGGUUCUCCGCCAGAAUCGAAUAUUCAGAGAGAAACAAUUUGAAGAAAGGCGACUACAAGAAUUCCAGGAUGCACUUGAUAAAGAAGCAGCUCUUGCAAAACAGGCACGAUUAGACAAUGAAGAUGAAAUUCGCAAACAGAUAGAACUUCAUGACAAGAUAGCUGCUGAGCAUGCAGAAGCAAAAUAUAGAAAACACUACAGAAUCUGCCAGGAGAUUCUAGAUCAGAUAACAGAUCUGGCAACUAAAAGUGCAGAAUAUCGGGAGUUGACACACAAUUUGAUUCCAGCCAAACUAAUGAGAGAAUGGAAAGAAUUAUAUUUUAAUGGGAAACCACUGUACGAGCAAGCCUCUAUUGAUCCUCUGCCUUCAAACCCCACACCCGACCAGGUUCUUGAACUAGAGAAACUCCAUCUACUAGAUGAGCAAGAUUAUGAAGAAUAUCAGACAAUGACUGGAGAAUGGCAUCCAGCUGAUGAGUGCACCACAAAGGAAGUGUCUAAGAAUAACAGUGUACUAGGCCAUGCAGUUCGCAGACUGUUGGAUACAAUAUACCUGCCAAAAGUAGAUAGUCUUACUCCCAGUCUUCCUCCAUUUCCUAUGAAGGCGUGCAUUUUAGGAAAAUUAUAUGCCGGGAAAAGUACUUGCCUGAAAAAUCUGUCACAAGCCUAUCAUGCACAAGUGCUGUCUGUAGAUACCUUGGUACCAGAAGCUAUAAAAGCUUUUCAUGACAGUCAAGUAACAGAAAAUAAAUUAAAAACGCUGGAUAAUGAAGAGAGUGAUAGUAAACACCUGAAUACUACUAUUGCCCAGCUUGGUGAAAAGGCAGAAGAAUAUCUGAAAAGAGGAAAGUGUGUUCCAGAUGAAUUGUUGGUAAAACUUCUUAUGGAAGCAAUCAGGCAAGUUCCACAAGAGACUGGAUGGAUAAUUGAUGGUUUUCCGGUUACAUUAAAUCAAGCCAAAGAACUUGAGAAGGCUCUUACAGGGUUUGACCCUGAAAAACAUAUCCUAACAAGCAGACAGUUAAAAUAUUCCUCACUGGUAACAGACCCAAGGGCUCCAAAGGACCCACCACCACCACCACCUGCACUUGAUGUAGUAAUUCUGUUAGAUAUUUCAGAUACUGCAGUGUUAAAGCGAGCUGCUGAAAAGAAUUUUACACCAGAGCCAUUUAACCAGGAGAAUUUUACUGCAUCAUCACAAAGUCCAAGUACAGAGACAGAAAAUGUGACUGAACUAAAGAAUUUGUCUUUUGAACCAGAACCAAUUCAGCAGAGGAUUACAGGAUUCCUUGAUGGAUGGCCACUGCUAGAGGAAUGGUAUGGAGAAAAGCAAAAAAUUCUAGUCAAAACAAAUGCAGAGGUUCCAGUGGAACAUUUGCAUAAAACAGUGGAAACUUUGCUUUUGGAUGCAAUAUUCAAUAAAGAGAAGAAAGCCAAGGAGGCCAUAACAGAAGAAUUAGAAAAACUGAAAGUCGCCUCUGUCCCAGAACCACAGCCUCAAGUACAGAUACCUCCACCAGUGAAAGCUGAAAAUAUUCCUCCAUCAACACCUCCUGCAAAGGACACACCUAGAAAGGGAAGAGCUGAUUCUAGAUCACCUAAAGGAUCAAAAAAAUCUGCAGAUAGCUCCAAAGAUAAAAAGGGCAAAGACUCUGCUGCAUCCUCACCAAAAGGAACAAGUGCAAAGGGCUCUAAAUCUCGCUCAACUUCAAGGGAAGGAUCUGCCAAAACGAAAGGAGGAAAAAAGAAAUCGGAGCCAGUCACUCCUGUAGUUCCACCAGAGCCAGUGGCAGCUGAAACUUUACUUCCAGCACCAGGUUCUGAUGAAUGGGAAUAUGUGGAAGAAACAAUCCCUAAGGAGAUAACCAAUUACCUCACGCUUUACUGGAAAACUAUAGUAGACAAAUACAUGGAUGCAACCAAAAUUGUGUUGAGGAAUCUUCGAGAUGAGAGUGAUCAUGUAAUUUACCAUCUUGCUGAUAUAAGGUAUGAGUUUAAGGAGUACUUGAAGGUUCCAGAUCACAAACAAGAAUUUGUGUCUCGGUGGCAGCUUGAUUACAAUUCAUUUGCAGAUGACAUUAGAGAAGAUGAAGAAACCAAAGCAGAGCUGCAUCAGAGGAUUGAUGAUUUGAAAGAAUGUAUUUGGGAUAUCUGCGAAAAAAGAAAAGAAGAAGCAGAUCAAGAGCGCAAUAAUAUUAUAAAUGAUGGUUGGUUACCUGAUCAUAUAGGACUUCUAAUCAAUCAUUUUUCCUCACUUAUGCAGGUGGAAGUAGAUCGUUUUCAAAACACCUGUAGGCUUCUCCGUGAUUACUACUGGGGAAUGGAAGGCAAAAUUCCCGAUGAGAUUAGUCAAGAAUUUACACGUAUCCCGUUGUUAGAUAUUAUAAAUAUGGAUGAAUCUGGAAAUACUUCACCUACAAAAAGAAUUCCAGUAAUAUACCGUACACCCCAAUCACCUGAUCCAAGCAGUUCUAAGCAGAAGACCAGAGCAUCUUCUACAAAGGGAAAAGAUGAUGCUUUACCUGAGAGCCCCACUGUGCCAGUUGAUCCUGAUGAUAAACUGAUAAUUGAUAACUGUCAGACUGCAAUAAUGGUCAUUUCCAAGAUGGUUACAGAUGAAAUAAAAGCAAAAGAAGAGGAAGAUGAAAAAGAGCAACAGCAGAAAGAAUUAAAAGAAAAGGAAAAACAAAAAGCUCCUGUAGCGUCAAGUGCUGUGGGAAAGAAAAAAGGACAAAAAUCAGCAAGUAAGAAAAAAGGAAGUUCUUCACCAGCACCUGCUCCUCAGCCAUCUGCUCCUGCUCCGACCAAUGAGGAAAUGCUUGCAAUACAAAAGAAACAAGAAAUCAGACAAAAAAUGUAUAAGGAAUUCUUUGCUGCACUUCAGCAUGAGGAAUUCACAACAAAAUCUAGACUUGAGUUGAUUAAAUCACAUGCACUGAAUGUUGUUCAAGAUCUGAGAGCAAGAGCUUCCCAGGAAUUCAAAGAUAUGGAAGAAUGGACAGGAACUAGGUUUCUCGCAGAAAUGGAAAGUGUCAACCAUUUGAUAGAAAUUGCUCGUCAUCACAUUGAAAGUGCAACAAAGAUCCAAUAUGAGCUGGUUUUACAUGAGUCGGAAUUUUACAUCAAUGGUGAUGUGAAAAUAUUUCCAGAUCCUAUUCCUCCCCCAAGCCCACCAGCAUUAGAGACACCACAGAAUGGAACACUAACCAUUAAACAACUUGAUACCCUCUGCCAGCAGUUCAGAAAUAUUGCACCUUCAGGAUUUAUGUCAAGCAAACAGUUUCUGGAAGUAAUGCAUGGUCUAAAAUCUACAAAUCUUGGAACUGACAAUCUUCCUAAUAUAUGGAUACAGCUUUCAUUUGCAGAGCUACAGGAGUUGAUAUCAGUGUUAGCUCUGGAUUCUGAGAUCAUUGACUGGCACUUAUUUCUGAUGGCAGCGUCUCAACCAUGGCCAUACCCAUCCACUAUGCAACUCUUACAAUUACUGCACAGAUUCAAGACUGAAGACCCAACAAGAAAUUGCAGUAUAAACGCUGAUAACUAUAACAAGGUUGAAUUCUGGUUUGCUAGCUCAAAGGACGUUCAGGCUACAAAUGAGCCACCUGGACCAAUACCUUUUGACAGACUGGAUCAUCUCAGAAAGUUUUUCUUCAAUUUGUUUGCUGAUUUCCAAAAAACACCAGCACAACUUGAAUAUAUUCAGAUGUUGUUAUACUUUGCUGCUCAUCCCGAUCCAGCAAAAGGUUUUUACAGAGCACUUAGUAUUGCUUCUGGAACAGAAGUUCAUCGAAAAAAUCAAGCCUCAAACUUACUCAAGUCUGUUCCUAACAUUGACCAGAUGACAUCUGAUGUGGUCACAGAAAAAGAAACUGAGAAUUUGCAAGCUGAUGGUAAUGGGGAAAUAGCCCUUGCAGAUUUACUAAGGGUAGUCAAUCAUGGAGUAUAUAAGGUCCAAAACAGCAACAGAUUCAGUGCUCAACAUAAUGCCAUGGAUAUUCUGAAUGAGCAUAUCAAACAGAUAUACAAAGAGCUAGGAUCUGAAAGUUUACAACCUAUAGCAUUGUCAGACCUUUUACAACAUCCUUAUAUUCAGGACCUGGUUGAGAAUUCCCAUCAGUACAGACUUCCUGAUAUCGUAGCCUUUCUGCAGCAUGUGAAACAAGUACAAGCUGAACGGGAGAUAAUAACUGCAAACACAAACCAAUGAAAUGGCAAAGACACAGAAAAGUCACAUUAAAGACAAGAUUAUUUUAGAUGGUGUAGUGCCUUGCUGAUUAUUAGCUGUUUACUGCUUACAAGAUACGGAAAUACUAAUGUGGUUUGGUAUCUAUCUUAUUGCAAAUCUUUUUCUAAUAAAGUUUUAGCAGGUUUCUUUACA